AUGUCGCUUCGCUCAUGGGACGAUAUCACCUAUGACCAGCUUGCAAAUAUGUCUGACGUUGAGUUUACCAGGACGUUGCAGGAAUGGAAAAGAUACGCUAUCCAUGGCGAGUCAAACGACAGUCUUUAUGACUUCAUUGAGCGCGUGCGUCAGAAAAUCACGAUGAUUGAUGCCGCCAACAAUGAGCCAGAGAGGCUUCAGGGGCCCUCGCCGGUGGAGAGUUCAUCAUCUACUAGUAGUAUUCAAGAAGAACAGCCAGAGACCAUUGGCAGUACGAUAUACGACCAGACUACAGAUUUCAACAGUUUUCUUAGUGCUGCUGCCGAGCCGGAUGAUGCUGGGGAAAGUCAAGAAGCAACUCGUACUCGCUCAGAAAUCAUUGGAAGUACAGUAUUUGACCAGACUACAAAUUUCAACAGUCUUCUCAGUGGUGACUCUGAAGAUCCGGAAUUUCUAUCUAGACGUCGUCAGGAGCUCGAGACUCUGACAGAAAACUUUAGUGCUGGGGGGCCCAGAGAGAAGAGACCUCCAAAGAACAACGCUGAAAGGUCUGCUGCCUAUAAGGAAAGGCAGAAGCAGAAAGAUCCUGGAUGGGCUGCUAGAACAAGGGAGCGUAAUCGCGACAGCCAACGUGCUUUGCGAGCCAAGCGGGCAGAAGCUCGCCGUCUGGCAGAAACUCGUCUCCACGAGAUUCAAGAUAGCAUCCCUGCUGAACGUAGGUCGAGCGGAGCGGAAGGCGAAUGA